CAAAAUGCUGAGAUACAGCAGCACCAUCCUGGCCGCCAUGGCGACCAUGGCAAUGUCGAGCCCAGUUGUCGUCGAGUCUUUGGACGAGGCGCCCGCGGGAUGGGAGGAGGUCAGCUCCCCUGCCCCAGGAAAGCUCAUCAAGCUCUCCAUCGGGAUGCAGCCAGAAGACCACGAGCGAUUCGAGCGCACUCUCUACGAGAUUUCGGAUCCCUCCCAUGCGAACUACGGCAGGCAUCUCUCACGCGACGCAGCAAAGGCCCUCCUCAACCCGUCCCAGGUGGCUACGGAAUCCGUCAAGCGCUGGCUCUCCGACGCUGGCAUCGCCGACCGCGCAAUCGACGACGACGGCCAGUGGAUCCAUAUUCGAGCCACUGUCAGUCAAGCUGAAGGCCUGCUUAGCACCCGUUUUGGUGUCUUUGCUCGAGAUGAUGAGCAUGUGGUGCGAACGCGGGAGUACUCAGUCCCCGGAGAGGUCCGCGACCACAUCACAUCCAUCCAGCCGACGACCUUUUUCCAUAGUCUGAAGAAGUCCCGAAAGAUCAAGCGUUCUGCCCCGUACUUGUCGAAGAAAGGACCGAGCAAGGAAAGGAGUGCCAGCUACGGGGACCCGGCCGAUCUGGAACAGUGCAAGGUGGAAUUGACACCGGCAUGUUUGCGAAAACUGUACAAGAUGCCUGCGAAUACCUACCCGACAGCUCACCGCAGAGCACUCUAUGCCAUUGCUGGCUUUAACGAGCAAGCGGCGCAAUAUGAUCAGCUCGAAGAGUUUCUUCGAAGGUUUGCCCCCGAUCGACAAGGAACUGGAUUUUCCGUCUCCCUUGUGAACGGCGGGCAAAACCUUCAGGGAGAAUAUCCCAGCGGAGAAGCCAACUUGAACAUCCAGUACGCUGUUGCACUGGCCGACCAGGUCCCCGUGCAAUUCAUCUCUGUCGGGGGGGAAAACCACGAUUUCAAUACGGACCUUGACCUGUUCGAUUCAACAGAAGCGUGGAUUGAGCCCUUCCUUGAGCUCACCACAUACCUGGUCAACCUGGAAGAUAAAAAGCUGCCCCAGGUCAUCUCAAUCUCAUACGGGGUAAAUGAGCAGCACGUCCCCAAAAGCUAUGCCAAGCAAGUCUGCAACAUGUUCGGUCAAUUGGGCGCCCGCGGAGUCUCUGUCGUCGUCGCUGCAGGCAAUCUUGGCCCUGGAAUGUCUUGCCAGUCCAAUGAUGGCAAAAACAAAACUAAGUUUCUCCCUGGCUUUCCAGCAGCAUGCCCAUAUGUUACCUCGGUCGGUGGUACGGAGGGAAACAGUCCAGAAGUUGCAUCCUACAUGUCUAGCGGCGGCUUCUCGGAGUAUUGGCCUCGACCGUACUGGCAAGCUAGCACCGUUUCAACCUAUCUGAAGAAGUACGGGGCAAAGUGGAAGGGUUACUACAAUCCCAACGGGCGAGCGUACCCGGAUGUUGCAGCACUGGCGUGGGGCCACCAGAUAAUGAACCAUGAUGUUCAGGAGACGACCGGAGGAACUAGCGCCGCAUCCCCUGUCUUUGGGGCCAUGAUUGCCCUUAUCAAUAAUGAACUCUUGAAGCAGGGAAAACGCCCGAUGGGAUUCCUCAACCCCUGGAUCUACCAGGUUGGCAGGAUCGGUUUCACAGACAUUACUGAGGGCAGCUCGGUUGGCUGCCAGGGUACAAGCAUCUGGGGUCUUCCGUCGCCCGUGAUCCCGAACGCAGGAUGGGAUGCCGUCAAGGGAUGGGACCCAGUCACUGGCUGGGGAACUCCACGGUUCAACAAGCUCCGAAGUCUUGCCACCUAGGGACGUCGUGAACAAAGGGGCCGAGACAGGGAACCAUAGUGCAGGACGUCAUCCGGGGACUUGGGGAUGCGACUUGCCCCUGGCCAGAUUCUGAGGAGAUACAUCGAGGGCUUCAUGAAGAGCUGUCCAAGAUGAUGCUUCUCUACCUCCUACGAUUAAAGCACGCACGCAAACUAGUAGAUAAUUCCAUGUUUUACUGUCAGACAAAAUUGCUACUCUAUAAAAUAAUACUCUCCUG